CGCAAGGUCAUCCGGUGUUUUUGUGUCGCAAACUCUACGUUCUUUUCCGUCAUGGCGACAUGGACGAUUUAUGAAUACAGCGACGACUCGCUUCUGGUGAUGAAGUUGGGCUGCCAGUUGGGCGCUAUCUUGCAAAUCCCGCUGCAGAUGAUACUCUUUGCUGCUCAAGACGAACGUCUGCAACUCAUAGUUUUGGAGAUGGAGGAUUACAAUCGGCGGGCCGGAAAGUACGAAAAAGAAAUUUUUCAACGAUAUAUCGACAAAUGCUGGCUGUUUUAUGGUAUGAUGCUUACUUUGCUGAUGAUGACAGCCGCCGCCGUGAUUUUCACACCGGUAUUUAUGCCGCAACCGUUCCCGGCCGAUGUGAGAUAUCCGUUUAACGUGUUGCAACAGCCGUUCAGGACCAUCAUGUACGCGCAUCACAUAGUAAUUGCUUUUCAAAGCGCGAUGCAGGUUAGCGCCAACACCUUCCCAGCCCUGCUGCUUUGGUUCGUAGCCGCGAGAUUCGACAUCCUGUCCAUGCAACUCCGCAUGGUGACGGACGUGAAGGAGCUGAUCAAGUGCACGCGCGAGCACUACGAGUUGCUCAGGUACGCGGAAGAAGUGGCGCUCGCGAUUCGUUACAUAGCACUGUUAUGCGUAACCUUCAGUACUGGCGUUGUGAUAUUCGGUUGUCUCACUUUCAUGAGCCGUUACUCGUGGUCGGUAAAGGCUCAGUUUCUCAUGAUGGCCAUGUGCGGUUUCAUGGAGCUCUACAUGUACGCUUGGCCAGCGGAUAACGUCAUCAACACGAGCGGCGACGUCGCGUUGGCCGCUUACAGUUCGCCGUGGUACAACGAUGACCUGAUCGCGCAGAAGAUCCUGAUUUACGUCAUAUUGAGGAGCCAACGUCCAGUCACUAUCUCGAUCCCGUGCGCGUUGCCGACCUUGUCGAUGAACUAUUACACGUCGUACAUUUCGACUGUUUUCUCGUACAUGACACUCAUACGUAUCAUAAUGGAUAACGAAUGAGAAAAGUAACGAGUUACGCUUAAGGUAAGAAUUCACUAGUUGCAUUUUCACGAAAUAAUUGUAUAUAGAGCUGUGUGUGUGUGUAGUGUG